AUGGAUCGGGCAAUCCAAUUAUCAGAGAACAUAGACAUAAAGGACGGCAUGACUAGCCGGCGCUCAUCUCCAAAACUUGUGGCUGGGCGGCAUGUCAAUAAUGUUGGCAUGGAGGAGGCUGAGUUGUCGCUACAGGGAGGUGGCUCUCUUAACUAUGAGGAAGCAAGGGCAUUGCUUGGAAGGGUAGAAUACCAAAGGGGACAUAUUGAAGAAGCACUUCGCGUGUUUGAUGGGAUAAAGAUAUCUGCACUAACUCCCGAGAUGAAAAAAUCUGUCGUUAGAAAAGUUAGCCAGCAAAAGCCUCGCUCACAUUCCAGCUCUCUGACAAUGCCCUUCCAUUCUGUUACUAUACUGAUGGAGACUAUAUAUCUUAAAUCUCUAGCACUUUAUGAUCUUGGAAAAUUUGAAGAGGCUGCACGUGAGUGCAGUGCACUAUUGGACAUCGUGGAAUCUGCAGCACCUGAGGGUUUGCCGUCAAACUUUGGAAAUGAUUGCAACUUGAAUGAAACAAUAUGCAGAGCAGUUGAGUUACUUCCUGAGCUUUGGAAACUAGGAGGCUUUCCUCUUGAAACUAUAUCUUCAUAUAGGAGGGCUCUUGUUAGUAAUUGGAACCUUGAUGCAAAGACCAUUGCUAAACUACAGAAAGAAUUUGCUGUUUUUCUACUAUACAGUGGCUGUGAAGCCAGACCUCCCAAACUUCGAUGUCAAUUGGAUGGUUUAUUUGUACCCCAGAAUAAUCUGGAAGAAGCUAUUCUUCUUUUAUUGAUUCUAUUGGUGAAGUUCAAUCUUAAGAGGAUUGAAAGGGAUGCAACUGUGAUGCAUCACUUAACUUUUGCACUGUCCGUGUCAGGGCAGUUGAAACCUCUUGCUCGUCAGUUUGAAGCACUAUUACCUGGUCUUCUAGACAACAGAGAGUGGCUGUACAAUGUUGCCUUGUGCUACCUAGCAUCAGGUGACGAUUUAACUGCACUGAAUCUUCUUAGAAGGGUAUUGAAGUCUGGAGAAGAUUCAAACAGUCUCAAAGAACUUCUCCUGGCUUCAAAAGUUUGUGGCGAAGACUAUGCUCAUGCUGGAGAAGGAGUUUUAUAUGCUCGUAGAGCCCUUGCCAAUCAGCAUGGAGGUUGUGAUCAAAUGGAGGUUGUUUCAGGCCGUUUGCUUGGCAUUUCCCUAUCCAAUCUAGCUAGAUAUGCUACAAUUGACAUAGAGAGAGCUGCUCAGCAGCAUGAAGCAUUGGAGGUGCUUGCUAAUGCUGGAAAAAAGAUGCACAGCAGAGAUUUCGGCACAAUAUACAGUCUCAGCCUUGAAAAUGCUGUGCAGAGAAAGUUAGAUACAGCAGCUCGUUAUGCAAAGAAGCUGUUGAAAUUAGAGGUUGGGUCAGAAUUGAAGACUUGGCUGCUUAUAGCUCGAAUAAUGAGUGCCCAAAAACGAUAUGAAGACGCUGAGUGCAUUGUAGAUGCCGCAUUAGAUCAGGCUGGGAAGUGGUCUCAAGGAGACCUAUUGCAAACCAAAGCCAAAAUUCAGAUUGCACAUGGGCAGUUUAGGAAAGCAAUUGAGACGUAUACACAGCUUCUUGCUCUGAUCCAACUUAGGGCGAAGAGUUUUGGUGCUGGGAUUUCUGUCUUGCAGGGCACUAGGACUGAAAAAAGUCUGGAAAUAAAAACAUGGUAUGAUCUUGCCCUUUUGUACUUAAGAAUGUCUCAGUGGAAGGAUGCAGAACUUUGCAUAUCCAAAAUAAAAGCUAUCAGUCCAUAUUCUCCCUUGGCUUGUCAUGCUACAGGAAAGCUAAAUGAAGCCAAAGGUUUUAUGAAGGAGGCUCUGCGAGCAUACUCAACAGCGUUAGACCUCGAUCCUAAACAUGUACCGAGUUUGAUAUCAACUGCUACUGUUCUUCGACAGCUUUACGGGAAGCCCUUGCCUGCUGUUAGAUGCUUCCUAACUGAUGCGUUGCGACUAGACAGAACAAACGAUGUUGCUUGGUUCAACCUUGGCUUAGUCUAUGAAGACGAAGGUGACAGCACAGCGAUUGAAGCUGCUGAAUGUUUUAGGGCUGCUGCUCUUCUUGAAGAAAAUGCCCCAGCAGAACCUUUCAGAUGA